UAAAUAAAUAAGUAAAUAAAUGAAAAGAAGACCCUUCCCACUCCCCACUCCACCUCCAGCUUUUGUAUUGUUUGUAGGGACAUGAAGCCCAGACUUGGGCCACAUGUGCGGUUGGAAAAUUCCUUCCCUACUGGAUUGUACCAUAUGACCCCUUUCCCAAUCUCAUUCUCCCCUGGCCACAGCUGGUUAGCUGGGGCAGCGGGAAGCCCAACGACCGUGAAGCAGCCUGGCUGAGGAGAAGAUACAGGGGUCUGUGCUGGCUUUCUCACCACAUACUUCCCCUCAAGGAGAGCCUGCUGCCCCAGAUCCUCACAGCACAACUGGCGUGAAGCCAUGGAACAGGGAAGGAAAGGCGGGUGGCAUGGCCAGCAAGGGAGAUGGAUGCCGCAUGGCUACCACCACGCAGCCACAUUGUUCCCAAGAGUCUAACCAGGCACCAGCAGGACCCUUUUCCAUGAUUGGGUCUGUGCAACAAUGGGUUUUCCCCCCUGCACAACCCUGGAAUCUUUCCAAGGGGAGGGAUGCAUCCGGACAUCCUCCUGCCAGAGCAGGUGGCUGCCUCUUGGGCCAGGAUGAAGAAAUGGGGGAAUCCAGACUCAGGGGAGUCUGAGGAUCUGCCACAAGAGAACUCCUGCCCAGAUCCCCUGGAUGGAGACCCUAACUCCAGGCCAGCUCCAGCCAAGGCCCACGUCUUCCCCACGACCAAGAGCCGCAGCCGGCUGUUUGGGAAAUGUGACUCGGAGGAGGCUUCUCCUAUGGACUGCUCUUACGAGGAAGGCCAGCCAGCUUCCUGCCCAGCCAUCACAGUCAGCCCUGUUUUUAUUCUCCAGAAGACUGGGGAUGGCCCCACCUGUGCCAGGCAGCUGUCCCAGGACUCUAUCCCUGCUGGUGCUGAGAAGAGCCUCAAGCUCUAUGACCGCAGGAAGAUCUUCGAAGCUGUCGCUCAGAAUAACUGCAAGGAGCUGGAGAGCCUGCUGCUCUUCCUGCAGAGGAGCAAGAAGCACCUCAUGGACAGCGAGUUCAAAGACCCAGAGACAGGGAAGACCUGUCUGCUGAAAGCUAUGCUCAACCUGCAUGAUGGGCAGAAUGACACCAUCCCCCUGCUCCUGGAGAUUGCCCGGCAGACGGACAGCCUGAGAGAGCUUGUCAAUGCCAGCUACACGGACAGCUACUACAAGGGCCAGACGGCCCUGCACAUCGCCAUUGAGAGACGGAACAUGCCACUGGUGACCCUCCUGGUGGAGAACGGUGCAGACGUCCAGGCUGCAGCCAAUGGGGACUUCUUUAAGAAAAUCGAAGGGCGGCCUGGCUUCUACUUUGGUGAGCUGCCCCUCUCCCUGGCCGCAUGCACCAACCAGCUGGGCAUUGUGAAGUUCCUGCUGCAGAACUCCUGGCAGCCGGCAGACAUCAGCGCCCGGGAUUCGGUGGGCAACACGGUGCUGCACGCGCUGGUGGAGGUGGCUGACAACACAGUUGACAACACCAAGUUUGUGACAACCAUGUACAAUGAGAUUCUGAUCCUGGGGGCCAAGCUCCACCCUACACUGAAGCUGGAGGAGCUCACCAACAAGAAGGGGCUGACGCCCCUGGCCUUGGCCGCGAGUAGUGGGAAGAUUGGGGUCUUGGCUUAUAUUCUCCAGAGGGAGAUCCAGGAGCCCGAGUGCAGGCACCUGUCCCGGAAGUUCACCGAGUGGGCCUACGGGCCUGUGCACUCCUCGCUCUAUGACCUGUCCUGCAUUGACACUUGUGAGAAGAACUCAGUGCUGGAGGUGAUUGCCUACAGCAGCAGUGAGACCCCUAAUCGCCAUGACAUGCUCUUGGUGGAGCCGCUGAACCGACUCCUGCAGGACAAGUGGGACAGAUUCGUCAAACGCAUCUUCUACUUCAACUUCUUUGUCUACUGCUUGUAUAUGAUCAUCUUCACCACAGCCGCCUACUACAGGCCUGUGGACGGCUUGCCUCCCUAUGAGCUGAAACACACCGGCGACUAUUUCCGAGUUACUGGAGAGAUUCUUUCUGUAUCGGGGGGAAUCUACUUCUUUUUCCGAGGGAUUCAAUAUUUCCUGCAGAGGCGGCCAUCACUGAAGGCUUUGUUUGUGGACAGCUACAGUGAGAUGCUCUUCUUUGUGCAGUCACUGUUCAUGCUGGGGACCGUGGUGCUGUAUUUCUGCCAUCGCAAAGAGUACGUGGCCUCCAUGGUGUUCUCGCUGGCCAUGGGCUGGACCAACAUGCUCUACUACACCCGCGGCUUCCAGCAGAUGGGCAUCUAUGCUGUAAUGAUCGAGAAGAUGAUCUUGAGAGACCUGUGUCGCUUCAUGUUUGUCUACCUUGUUUUCUUGUUCGGGUUUUCCACAGCGGUGGUGACACUGAUCGAGGAUGGAAAGAAUGACUCGGUGUCGGCCGAGCCCACAUCGCACAGGUGGCGGGGGCUUGGCUGCCGGCCCCCUGACAGCUCCUACAACAGCCUGUACUCCACGUGUCUGGAGCUGUUCAAGUUCACCAUCGGUAUGGGCGACCUGGAGUUCACUGAGAACUAUGACUUUAAGGCUGUCUUCAUCAUCCUGUUGCUGGCCUAUGUCAUUCUCACCUACAUCCUCCUGCUCAACAUGCUAAUCGCCCUCAUGGGUGAGACCGUCAACAAGAUCGCGCAGGAGAGCAAGAACAUCUGGAAGCUGCAGGUGGGCCGAUGGGUGGGGUGUCUGGGCAGGGCUCUUAGGCCAUCAGCUCUCUGCUCCUCCAUCUCCUCACCCUGCAGGGUAGAUGAGGUGAACUGGACCACCUGGAACACCAACGUGGGCAUCAUCAAUGAAGACCCAGGCAACUGCGAGGGCAUCAAGCGCACCCUGAGCUUCUCCCUGCGGUCAGGCCGAGUUUCAGGGAGAACCUGGAAGAACUUUGCUCUGGUUCCCCUUUUAAGAGAAGCAAGUACUCGAGAAAGGCAUCCUGCCCAGCCUGAGGAAGUUCAUCUGAAGCACUUUGCAGGGUCCCUCAAGCCAGAAGAUGCUGAGGUCUUCAAGGACCCUGCUGCUUUGGGGGAGAAGUGA